AUCUUCAUAGCAGACCACGAAAAAUCACACUCGACAGUUAGUAGUGCUGGUAGCCAUGAGCUAUGUACUAUGGUUUGGUCUGAUGACGCAGACAUAGCCACACGCACUGAAAACAACGAAUAGACUGCGGAGCGCGCAUGCUGUGCGCUUCCGAGCUCCAGGUAUGGCCAGAGGGACCCAGGACGGGUCGUUUACGCUCUUGGAUCUCCCCUUAGCAUCGAUAGUGACCUUCCACGCUGACACAGUUGGGAGUGACGACGUUGCCAGUAGUGCAGGCCACCCGUGCGUAAUGCUUAGAAGUUCCGCUCCACCAGGCUCGUUUAAGAUUCGUCGUUAAGCGUCGGAGGUAGUAGGUCCUAGAAUCCCAAAGAAGCUCAGCUCAUCGCGCCGGCUCAUCUGCCAUGUCUCACCGAGAUCCGCGACUGCGGACUCCGCUCGUACUCAGAUCAGCGCGUCCCAUUUACCAUGCCAGUGACGCCAGGUUAUUAGCGCUCGUGGACGAUUAUGACGAGAACUAGGCCGGAAAUCUUAUUUUCACGCCGGAUCAGAGAAUUUCGCUCAUUUUCAGGCAAUUCCACAACCAGUGCUACCCCCAUGUGGGAAACACGCGUCUUGCCGUGCUUGCCAAGUCUCCGACGCAGGGAAAUGUCGAGAACUGGUUGUCUAGAAGGAAUGGCUCUUCAGAUAAUCGGGAGUAUGAUUCCGGCACGGGAUUAUGGGCGUUCCACGGUGAUGCUAGUAAUGAGGACGGCGGAGUUCCUGCAGCGUCGAACGGCGAGGGUAACGGGGACAGUCCACGAGAGGCCAGACUGAUGAACGCACUUCGGCAGCCUCUGAUUGAUUCUCUGAAUCUGGUUCGGGAGAGAAUCGAGCAUCGUGCAGCGGCGGUGGGAGACGCUGGUGGGUGCGGUGAGAUAGAGAAGGUGAAGCUCCUGGUUCGACUCGGCAAGCUGCUCUUCUCCACUCGAGGCAGGCCAGAGGAGUCUCUGUCCAAGAUUCCGUCGUUCUCUGCCCAAGCGCUGGAGGACCACAUGAACCAGCGAGCGUGGUUCAAGGCGCCGAUCCACAGGAUGUACGAGACGCACGUGCCUGAUAGCAUCUACAGCCGGCUGGAGGACAUGCUCAUGAGGGACGCUGGACAAGCUGCUACUCUGACCACGUCCAGUGAAAAGUACAACAUUCAGAUGAUUGACUCUGAGACACGCAUUCCCUACAAGGUGGUGUGCACAUACCUUGCUGAUGAGCGACGUUUCCUUGUCAAAAAGGUGUGACCAGCCGCAAGGUAAGGCCAAACUCGGAGUUCUGUUCGAUUCUGUUUCUCUUCCAUGCACCGUGCACCUGUCAUCAUCACAUGCCUCCAGACCUCGUGUCCUGUCCUGUCCUCUAUUCUAACAUGCUUACAUCACAAGACAUGACAUGGUGGCUGCUUUUGUGAGGUCAGGUGAAGAAGCUACCUCUUCGUUAUGCGGUGUUCGACAUUGCACGACCUGGGAAAGCUGUAGACGCUCGCUUGAUUCUGCUCACCGAGACACACCUGACUACUCUGGAUGAUGAACUAGAUUCUGCAAUAAAGAGGAUGCUGGAAUUCUCGCAGAUCGACUCGUGGACGCCAGGAGGGCUGCACAUUCCAGCCCACAUGACUGAAGGCUACCACGCGGCUGACGUUAGGGAGUUUGGGGAGAGCAGCGGGCAUUGUGAAAGGAGCAGAAGAUUCCAAGUGUGUGCGGUCAGGCAUGUGACUGUGCGGCAGGCGGUGGUGGGCGGGAGACUCUGGAAGUUUGCGCGUGUUGAUGGGAUCGAGUACAAGCAGGGAGGUGGGCAGCGCACGAAUGAAAUCGAAUUCUGCCCAAUUGCGUGGCAGCAGGAGCUCAAGGCCAGCACAGUGGGAGGCGGUGGCAGCAGGGAGCAGCAGGCCCCCAAAUGGAGCACAGGAGACAUCAUGGCUCAAUGCCCUGGGCUGCUGGCUUGGCUGACUGAGAAUUUGCCAUGACGGGGAGUGGAACCAAACCAAGGCAUAGGGAAAAUCUACAUCAUGGUGGAAUGCUAUGCAUUGGAGGCGUGGCUCACAGGGAGUAUCUCUUCAAGCCCAUUAUGUGUGUGCACUGUGUUGGGCUGAGAAAAGCCCUUAGGAUCUUUCCAGAGACUAAGUCCCACUUGUACAAGGUGUUUGAGUAGUGCAGCGGAAGUGUUGAGUAGUUGAACCCUUGCACUAGUACGGUAUAUGAGAGCAAGUGAUAAUUAAAAGAAGCAAGCACAC